UUCAAAGACUGCUUUAUACGUUCUCGUUUUAUUUUUUACUGGCCUUGCCCGCCGUGUUUGAUGUUCGGGGCUGCGAUGUGUAUGCAGAUAUCCCGAGGUGUUCGUUGCCGUCUCGAAAGGGAUUAGCAUGCUAUCUCUAUCCCAAAAACGUCAGUGGGCCGAGCGAACAUCGCAUCCGUGCCGCCCAACCUCGUUCUCUCUGCACCUCCUGCGCAAACACACGUCGCAUCAAUUGAGCCAUCUCACGCCAUGGCUGACUUUGUCAAGGGUUUAUUUGGUGGGCAGCAAGUUGCGAAACCUUCAUCAGGCGGCGACGAUGACUUCGCCGACUAUGCGGGCGCGCCCGAACCGACUCCCGCUGCAUUCACCUCCGUCACCACGGGAGCCCCAGCAGCGGCACCUACAUCGACCGUCGGUCAAGUCCCAUUCACCAAGUGGUAUCGUGUUUGGGAGCGCACCUCCCUUGACGAUUUCAAGCUCGAGCUCUACAUUCUCCCCGUUAUCCUGGUCAUCAUCGUCUUCCACCUUUGGGGUGCGCGCCGAAACCGCAGCAAGGCCAAACAUUGGAUGAAGGCCCACGCACCCCUGAUACAACAGGAGUAUGCCCAGGUCGGCUACAGACGCCCCCAGGGCUCAGAGACUACGGUGGUUGAGGACCCUACCACUCUACUCCGCGAGACCAAGGUUGAUGAGUUCACCACGUACGCGACGGGUCGCCAGAAUGUGGCUUUUGUCGAUUUCAAGCUCACCCUUGCCAAACGUCACAACCCCAUCAUGCAGUUCGGCGAAAUGCUGCUUUCCUUGUUCUUCGAGAGCGUUCCGACUCCGUCUGAGCGCUUCGAGGCCACGUCGUACGCCUUUGACGGUCGCGAGUCCGCCAUCUCUCCGUUUUAUGGCAAGGGCGAAGAGAAGAAGAGUGUUCCCAACAGCACUUUUGACGGCUUCGUAUUCGCUGUUGUGCACAAGGACCUCAUGAAGCGCCUCCGUCAAGAACGCUACGAUCUUUCUUUGACCGCGACCAAGGACCAUGCCAAGCUGCCCAUCUGGACCACAACCAUGAGCGAGAACGCUGCUGUUACGGACGCAAUGUUGACACCGGAACUGAUCAAGGCCAUUCAUGAUGCGGGCGACAAGUUUGAGGCUCUUGUAAUCUCUGACCAACCGAUCGAUCAGCCGAAGAAACUUGAUGACACUGUCCCCCGAAAGCGCAUCAACCUUUCCUUGAAGCUCGAGUCGACCUCCACACCUUACCAGGCCACUCUCCCCAUUUUCCAGCAAUUUUUGCGACUUCCCGACUUCCUUGUAACCAGCGCCCACUUCCGACCCGAAGCCAUGCGCCGCAUCAAGGCCACGCGCGAAGAACAAAUCGCCAAGAUCCGCAAGCUCGACGAGGAGGAGAAGGCCGAGGAGCGUAAGCUCGCAGGUGACAAGCUCAAGAGAGAGAAGCGCGACGCCAUGUUGGGUCGCAUGACCGCCGAGGAGCAGAGGAAGUACCUAGAGAAGGAGCGGGAGCGCGGCAGCAAGAAGAAGCAGAAGAAGCAGACCGUCAAGGGCUGAACGAGGUGUGAUAGCCUCUCUUCGGCCUAGUUGGUCUCUUUCCAUUUCCGUGUGGUAUAUUCAUCUGUUUUGAUAUCUUUGGUCGGAAAAUCUGCAUAUACCUUGUCCUUGUUUGGAUGUUCGCGAAUGCAUAUGGUGUGGAUUGGAACUGAGUGCGGCGAUUGAUUAAUAGUUUUUGCAUGGUGUGAUUUAGUUCAGAAACAUGCAUGCAUGGUGAGGAAGGAAAAGCAAUGGAGAGUCGGUGUUGAGGUCGAGAAGAAGAAGAAACCCCCAAAAAGUAGAACGGAAGCGAAAAUCGUAAUAGAAACCCAAUUCCUUUCAUUCUUCUUUUGUGGCUUUUGUCCGUCAUAUU